AUGUCCAACAUUCUACACAAGGUUUCAGAAAAACUCACGGGCCACGACUACGAGGAAGAUCGCGACGAGUACGGUAACCCCUUGUCCGGCGAAGAGGAGUCUCGCGAGCGCAGAGACGACGACGCCAUGCGCACUCGCAGCGGCCAAUCCGGUCGCGAGUUCUACACGGGCGGCCAGGAGAGUGCCGGCCAGACGCUCCCCUCACAGCACAUGAGCUCGGGCCAGCGUGACGUACAUUCGCACGGCCAGCAAAGCAAAGAGGGCGGCUACUCCCAGCAGCGCUCAGACAUGCAGCAAGGCGGCGGCAACUUUGACAUGUUCCAGAAGGGCCAAGGUCUCCAGUCGGGGUCUGGGCGCAUGCGCGGCCAGACCACCCAGAAAGACGCGUGGGACGAAGAGGAGGACGACGCCGACACAGAACGCAACCAGGACCCUGCUGACGAGUUCCAGAAGCGCUACUGGUAG